UAUAUUUCUUUCAAUGCUUGUUUGUAGCCUGCAAACAAGUGAUUUGUUUAGGUUGCAUUUGAACAGGUUUCUGUUAAACACUGAUAAAUAAUGUUGUUCGAACUUAAAUUCGAUCUGUACUCAGCUUGUACAGUUUGAGCAACAUGAAACUCACCCUGUUGUUUGUUAUUUUGCUGGCGUUGAUCUUGGAAGUUGUAUCAUUUGGAGAUCAAGAACACGACAGUCGUCAUAUUCCGCGCAAGUGCAAGAAGAAGUGUAAAGCCGGAGAAUGCUGCAGGAUAUUCUGGUAUUGGUACAAGUGUUUUCCUCAGAAAGGACUGGGCCAGCCUUGCCGCAGGAACCCGCCCGCAUUCCUCUGUCAUCAUGGUUGUAAGCCUGGGCUUGUGUGUGAACGAUCCCGUCGUCCAGGCUCUAAAGAGGAAAGGCAUCCUCAUAAUCACAAGCGCUUCAAGUGUGUUCGUCCUCCACUGCCAACUCAGGAGCCUGGGUCUGGGGACUUUUACUUCUAGAUGUGAAAAUCGCUUAAGGCACGAUCACUAUAUGGUUUUGGGACUUUUGUAGUGGCGAUGUAGCAGUGUUAAAUUUGGUCAAGAGUGUCCGCCUCCGGCAAUGAAAGCAAUAAAAGGUGUCCAUGCAAAGUGAACCUUGUACGAUAUUUGAGCUGAACUCAAUCUUAAAUUAUUUUGUUCCGCCAGAAGCAAUACAAUUCUCACUGCUUUUUAUUUUUCUUGCGGUUUUGGAAGAAUUUUCAACUAAGAGUGUUUGAAGCACAUUUAUCAAAAACAAAACAGUCGGAUUUAAAAUAACAUCCGA